AUGGCAAAUCUGGAAAAACAAACGGAUGAAAUUUUAGUAUUACAAUCUAUAUUUGAUGGAAGAUUUCGUCUUCUUAAUGGCAAUGAUCAAUAUGAAAUUUCCAUUGAUUUUGAUUUAAAUGAACCAUUUUAUAUUCGAUGUAAUGACAAAACAGCGAUCGUUCGUCGUUUACCUCCAUUUACUUUGAUUAUACAUUACCAUGAUGAAUAUCCCAGUGAUUAUCCUCCGUCGUUUGUUCUUUCAUGUUUUUAUUUUUCAAAAUCAUCUUUACAGAACCUUUGUCAAAAGCUUGAUAACUAUGCGUUUGUUAAAGGUGAAGUUUGUGUUUUUGAUUGGAUUGAAUUGAUUAGGCGAGAGAUUGCCAAUGAGUUAGUACUUGAUAAAGGCUUCGGUGAACAAAUCAAUGAUCCCCGAGCGUUAAAUGGUUAUCUCGCUGACAAUAUCGCUCACAUUUAUCAAUAUUUAAUUAACUAUAACGCAGAAAAAGAGGAGCAACAAUUUCGAAAUCAACUUCAGACAUGUUUAAUAUGUACAGAUAUGAUAUCCGGUACGGAUUGCAUCCGUCUCUAUCGCUGUGGACAUUUCUAUUGUCAGCCGUGCUUAAAUAAUUAUGUUCAAUUGACAUUUAACAAUGGUCACUUUGGCGAUCAGGUACAUUGUCCACAAAGUCAAUGCCAGAAGGCAUUACUGCCCAAUGAAAUCAAAGCAAUUCUUCAAGAUGAACGUUUAUACGAACGAUACGAAAGAAUAACAUUACAACGUGCUCUACAAGCUAUGGAAGAUGUUAUUUGGUGCCCAAGAUGUCAGUCUGCUGUUCUUACUGGUGGUAAAGAUGAUACACUCUGUGUGUGUCAUCAAUGUCAUUUUACGUUCUGUAAGAAAUGCAAAGAAUUGUUUCAUUUUCAAACCAUGUGUCCAAAAGAUUACAUUAUGGAGCAAAUGCUAUUGAAAAAGCAAAAAGAAAUGGAACGGCUGCAGAGAGAAGCAGAAGAAAAACGUGAACGAAUUCGAAAAAUACAAGAAGGAGAUUUAGCAGUAGCUGCUACAUUGGAAGAAAGAGCUCUCGCACAAAAGGCUAUAAUGGACAAGAAGAAAAUCACCGAAGCAAAGCAACGGGUUGCUAAACAACCAUAUCGAGAAAUUGUUGUUAAUUUAGCAGAAGAAGACCAGUUAUUAGAAACGAUAUUAAAUGCUGAACGAGUAGAAGCUCUUAAUACUCAACUAUGCCCGCAUUGCCAUGUGAGGAUUGAGAAAAAUGGUGGUUGUACACACAUGCGCUGUGCGAACUGCUAUCGUGAUUUUACAUGGGAGAAUGGAGAAGGCGCUCGCGAUCCUCAAAUAGCAUCGUUGUUAUAUCAAUUUCCUUCCGCUUCAUCAGUCGGAUCGAUCAAAGAAGACUUGAUACAACAGUCUGUACAACAUAGUCAGAGAGUUGAUGAAAAUCAACCACAAGAGGGUGAGCGCAAGGAAGAAACGAAAUUUGUCAUUAACAAUAAAUCGCUUAUCGGUGCUGCCAUCGUUCAACGAGUGAAGCCAUGUCCGAAUACUUCAUGUAAGAAAUUCAAUGUUAAAAUUGGUGAAGACAAUUGGAUAGUAUGCACGGGUUGCAUGAAACAAUUCUGUUUUUCAUGUUUGCAAUCCAUUAACGGAGCUCAACAUUUUCAACGCAAAUGCGAUCGUUAUACACCAUUUCCUAACUAA